AUGGCUUCCUCAAGACGUUUCAAACUGUUGUUUUACGCUCUUGGCAUUUUUGUAUGUUAUUUUCAUUUUGGCAUGUUGCAAGAGAAGAUCACACGAGGACAAUACGGAGAUGAAAAGAGCAGUGAAAAAUUUACGUAUAUGUUUACGUUAGUUUUCUUCCAGUGUCUAAUUAAUUAUUUAUUUGCUAAGACUAGUUUAUUAACGAUUAUGAAACAGGGCGAGGAUACUACUCCAAAAACUUAUUACGCACUCUCUGCCCUCACUUAUUUACUUGCCAUGGUGUGCAGUAAUAUGGCAUUACAAUUUGUCAGUUAUCCAACACAAGUGAUUGGAAAAGCUGGUAAACCGAUUCCUGUGAUGAUACUCGGUGUACUACUGGGGAACAAGGUUUAUCCAAUUAGGAAGUACUUGUUUGUAUUCUUAAUAGUUAUUGGCGUAGCUUUAUUUAUGUACAAAGACGUGAAUCCAUUGAAAAAACAUUCCGAGGGACAAACGGGCUUUGGAGAACUAUUGUUAUUACUUUCAUUGACAAUGGAUGGUUUAACUAGCGCUGUACAAGAAAGAAUGAGAUCUGAACACAAUCCGAAAUCUGGUCAUAUGAUGUUGAAUAUGAAUGGCUGGUCUGUGAUGUUUAGUGGCAUAGUCAUCCUAGUCUCUGGAGAGCUUGUAGAAUUUAUUCAGUUCUUACAGAGAUACCCUUUUACCAUAUGGCAUAUAACUACCUUUUCCAUAGCAGGAGCGUUCGGACAAUACUUUAUAUUUCUCACCGUUGCGGAAUUUGGUCCAUUACCAUGUUCUAUUGUAACUACGACUAGAAAAUUCUUUACAGUCUUAGGUUCAAUACUUAUCUUUGGUAAUAGUCUGACCUCUAGACAAUGGUUAGGUACGUUUAUAGUAUUUUCGGGGCUGCUUCUAGAUGCAAUGUAUGGUAAAGACAAGUCUUCUAGAAAAGAUGUAACGAAGUAG